UAUCUCUCACCCCUGACAUUUGCCAUAAAACGUAUAUUCUGUUCCAUUGAAAAUUUUCAACAUACUAACAUACUUGGAAGUUAAUAUAUUUUUUUCGACUUAAUAGGGCGGACGAACCUGUAUAGUGUCUCGGUGAAAAGUCGAAAUUUCCAAAAUUUACAUCCGUUUCCUACAAAUAAAAUUAUAAUUAUAACUAAAUAAAUACUAUUCUCAAAGAAAUAUACAAAAUAACCCUAUGAAAAUUAAAGUUAUCACAAAGAAAAUGUAAAGUGAAAAAUUUUCUCCACGAACAACCCCAUAUUAAGGGUCGUAGAAAAAAUUUAAAAAGAAAUAUUUUCUAGUACAAAUUUGUGUUACACCCAAAAUUUAAUCUAACAUUUUGUUCAAAAUCUUACGGUAUUUUCUUUGAAAUUCUAUCGAAAAAGAAAAUAUUAAAAGUUAAGAUAUUUUCACAAGGAAUUCAAGUAGAUGCCUUUUAUAUAAUUCCUUUGUUGGAAUUGAAUCAAAAAGGUGAAAACAUAGUUAAGUUUUUGAGCAUAUACUUGCAUUAAAAACAAAAAAAAGAAAUCCAUAAUACUCUCAGAAGAAAAUUCAAAAACUAAAUGAAAAUUCUUUAAAUUUUAUGCGAAAAUUAAAAGUGGUGUACGAAAUUAUAAACUAACCAAAAAAAAGCUGAAUUUAGGGGAUGAAGUUCGUGAAAAAUCGAUACGAACAUUAUUGCCGGUGUUGCACCCCUUGGAAGUACUUGCCAUAAAAAGAACAGCGCACACCAUAAUAAAAUAUAAAACACUUGACUUUUGACAGUCACCCCUCCGAGAAUCCAAAUGUAAAUAAUAAUAAACACAAAUCUCCCAAAAAUGUUAUGAAAACAAAAUUAAAACCUACAUUUCAUUGAGAGCAAAAUAUUAAUGCUUGUGCUAUAAAAAAUACGAGUAUUUACCGUCAAACAAAAUUUACUAAAAAUAGUUUUUAGUAUUUAAAAAAAAAAUAAAUUGAUAUUGUUACUUUUAACUGUGAUACGCUGUGAGUGUACAACUUAAACGUAUAUUUAAGCUACUCUAUACGUUACACUCUAUCUGUCAUUGUUUCGUGAGUGCGUGUGUUUUUAAUAUAAAUACAAAAUAAAUCCCUUAAUAAUCAUCAGAAAAAUUCUACAAAAGAAAAAGAAAACGGAUGUAAAACAGUUUUUAAAGAGCAUGCAAACAUUACGGAAGAAAACAAGUCCAUGCAAAUAUCGAAAUGACCCAGGUCGAUUUUUUGGCGAUGGUGUGCAGUUCAAGGCAAAACUGAUUGGAAUUCUGGAGGUGGGCGAGGCACGCGGUGAUCGCAUGUGCCAGGAAGCCCUACAAGAUUUAAAAAUGGCAAUCAGAGCUGCCGGAGAACACAAACAACGCAUAACGAUUCAUGUGACAAUCGAUGGUUUGCGGUUGCGAGACGAGAAAACAAGUGAUUCGUUGUACCAUCAUCCGGUUCAUAAGAUAUCAUUUAUCGCUCAGGAUAUGACCGAUUCGAGGGCAUUCGGUUAUAUCUUUGGCUCACCAGAUAGUGGUCACCGAUUUUUUGGCAUCAAGACUGAUAAGGCAGCCAGUCAGGUCGUCUUAGCCAUGCGUGAUCUUUUCCAAGUUGUGUUUGAAUUGAAGAAGAAAGAAAUUGAAUUAGCUCGACAGCAAAUUCAAAAUAAAACAAUACAUGAACAUCAGCCACUCACUCUUUUAUCCGUUAAAAAUACAUCAGCCAGUGAUGCUUCUUCGAUUUUAAGUGGUAGUAGCAGUAGCAAAAUCAAUAAUUUGGACGGAGGAGCAAAAUCAUCGCAUGUUAAGGAGAUGUCACCAGAAUCGGUUGCUGAUCUUGUUGAUCUAGAACAAGAGUUAAGUUCCAUUCAACGUGGCAUAACACAAAUGGAACGUAUAACUCCAAGCGAACCGACACCAACGGGCAAGAAUCUGACCGACGAAGAUCCGUUUGGUGAUUCGUUUACUAAUUUUCCGACCUACAACCUUUUACCACCACCUGAAUCCUCACGUUCGCGACACUCAAAACCCAACAAACCACCUGAUUCAAUUAUAUCUUCCUCUGCAACCACCACAACAUCCGGUAUCCAAUCCAUUUCCAAUAUACUCUCCUCUCAAUCCUCAUCUAAACAAAAUCAAAUUAAUGCCUCGAGUUUGGCGUCGGCCAACGAUAGUUGGUUAAAUGAUCUCGAUCAGAACGAUGUAUUUGAUACAACAAAAGCCGCUUCGAUAGUCGCUGGUUCGACAACAACACCAAUACCGAUUCCAUCGUCAACGUCGAUUUUGUCCAGUCCUGCGACAGCAGCAGUCUCAGCAGCCGCCAGUUCUCAGCAGACACCACCUACAUCGUCAUCAAUUGCCAGCAAUACCGGCGGUAUUGGCAUGACAUUAACAAAUUCUUCACCUCCUGGUUCUGGCAUAGGUACACAAUCAUCAAUCACUACAACGGCAGUAGCAGCAGCAACAGUAGCUUCAGCGUCAUCUCAAAACGAUGAAUCGCAAAAAUCUGACGCUUUUUCAGAUUUGGAUCCGUUAGGUACGGGUCGCAUUAGGCCAUAUGUCGACAAGAAAUAUUUCUUCCAAGAGCUCAAGAAUCCACCAAAGAAAGUCUUGAAGGAUUUGUCCUCGACCGGAGCCGAGACCGGUUUUACAGCACAAUUUGUUUCCAGUUCGGAUGGAAGCAGCGAUGUGCUGAUGGAGGAUCUGCCCGCAGGAUCUUCAACCGAAGAUGCAGCUGAAAUUUACCAAAAAACCAGCGGUGAUAGACAAACAAGUUCGUUGAAUACUCAUAAUUCGUCUACCACAAAAGCUCUAAAUUUAAAUUUUAAUCAUAAUUUCAUCAAAGCAGAUGGUCAUCAAACGGAUUUGGUUAUGCUGCCACGAGACACUGAUCCUUUCUCGCCCACGCGCAAGAAGAGUGAUCCGUUCCAGGAUGGCGAUAUUUUUGGCAAACUCGACCCGUUUGAGUUUGAAUUCCCCACCAGCAAUGGAGCUGGUGCAGGGCUUCUUCCCGAAACAAAGAUCUCUAACAUCGAAGACCAACGAUCGGGGAAGAAGGAUAACAUGUUCAAUGGGCCAUUACAGGUUAAUCUUCCACCAGAGUCGGGUUGGUCUGCGGCCAAUAGCAACCAAUUGCAGCAGCAGCAGCAACAGCAGCAGCAUCGUCGUGUGGAGAGACAAACAAGUGAAUCUCCUACCGCCGGAAGCCGCAAUAGACCAAGUGUGUUCAAGCAGAACACAGUCGACGUGAUCAGCAGUAUUAGUUCUAAAAAAAUGCCACAUUUGUUUGGGCAAAAGUUCUCAAAGCGCGACUCGAACAGCAUAAAUAUGCGGCGACUCCAAGAAAGCGACUCGCUAAGUGAGAAUGAAACUGCCCCGGAGCCGCCUCCGCGUCCAGAUUCCGUAAGCCAUUCGGAACCGCCACCAUUGCCACCGAAGAAACAAUUUUCCGACAUUGUAAUUCGCCCAAGGAUAACACCACCACCGUCGAGUCGUUAUGAAUGUGUUCCGGCUAAUAAGAGUCGCAAUACAACAGUUCAGGAUGCAUCUGUUCCGCCUAUUCCAUUGCCUUCGAGGCGAGUUGGGCGCUCGGAAGGUAUUUAUCCGGGACCCAGUCGUCCUCGAAAGCCAGGUAACGAUGAAGAUGACUAUUUGCAACCAUUGCCAGCAGGAAACGUGCCACCACUGCUUCCACCACCCCAGACAAGGGGACGAACUCGCCGCCAAGAAAUUUACGAAAACAAAACUGAGGCGAUAAAUGAGCAUGUCGCACAGACUUCAGCAAUCAAACAGGAUGAUGACGACACAGAGGAUGCCUCAUUCCUACCCGACAUAACUCUCAGUCAGUUGUUGACGUUGGGAAUAGAUGAGCUGGCUGCGAAACUCAGUGUACCAACAUCGAAGCUUAGUACUAUGACACUGGUGGAACUCACCACUUAUCUCUCAGAGUUUAUUGAGAAGUCCAAAAAACCCAAACAAAGACCGGUUAUGGUAGCAGUUCCUCCACCGGAAGACAGUCCACCAAUAUUCAAAGUAAACUUUGACCAAAUGCCAGACGCAACUUUUGUUGCAAAAUUCGAUGACAACUUUGGCGAAGAAGAACCAGCUCCGUUUGUUGCAAACUUUUCGCAAUUCGAGGAAGCAGCCACUUGCUCGUCCCCAGCGAAGACAGAAGCUAACUUGAAAGCCGCUGCUGUGCCAUCAGCCGAUCGAUACGCUGUAUUUCGUGAAAUAAUCGACCAGGAACUUCAGCAGGAUAGUAUAGACCAGAAAAGCUCACCCGAGGCCGACGACGAAGCCGAGAGUCUCAAUGGAAAUAUCCCAGAGACCAAUACUCUGGCGCAGUUCAGUGAUGACGACAAAUCACCCACAACAGUGCCUGUGUCGAAGAUCGACACAAAGAUCACCGAAGCAAUAUCGCAUGCCAAAGACAGGUAUGCAGCCUUGCGGGACAUUAUCUUGGUCGAGGAUCUCUUCGAGAAACCCCCGCUUCCACAGAGUGAGGAUCUCAUGCAAGACUUUCCUGAAUUCAGCGAUGGCUUCAAUAGCAACACCGAAGAUCUGGCAGUGGAAGACGAUCAAAAGUCGCCAAUAGAAAGUAGUCCCGAGAGCAAUCAGAAUGAAGAAGAAGAGGACCGAACUAGCAGCAAGAAAGGCUCAAAUAAGUUUCUUCACAUACUCACCGUUUCUUCAACCACCAAAGAUGAUUUGGAAAUUGAUGAGUUGAUGAAUCGUGCAAUUUCAAACUUAUCACUUGACUCCCGAGAGCAUUUGUCUCCCAGUAAUACCGCUACAAAAUCCCCAGCAACUAUUGACAGCAAUGGCGGCUCACCGCAUGCAAUGCGGAGAUCGUUCUUGGGCACUACUACUACUUCCGGCCCAGGCAAGUCCCAAUUCAAUGAUAUGUCCACAUCGCCUAUUCCUCUACAUAAAUCCCCAGCACCUGUCCGAAAAUCUCCCCUUUCCAAGUCACCCCUAUCGAAGUCACCGAUCCCUCCACAAUUAAUAGCAGUUUCGAAUCUUAUCGAUGCCAGCAAGAGGCUCAAUUGCGGCUCCCUCAGUGACGUCAUCUGUGGUUCGUCCCCAGAUGCCGAUACAGGUCUGUCAGAUGCCGCAGCAGCUACAAAACCAAUCACUGGCGGGAAGUCACCAAAGUCGCCGAAGGAAUCGUGGGCGGUGUUUGACAAGGGUGCCAGCAUGGAAGGGGGUAAACAUCGUUUGAAGUCUCCAAAGGCACCUUCUGCUCAGGGUGAGUCGCCAUGCUCGUCGGACGGCAAAGAGGAUUGGCAUAGAACCGGUGGGGAGGACAGCAAUAAACGGUGGCCCAAGGGCCAGACCUCAUCGUCAUCACGAGAUCUAAGCCCUUGGGAUGAUGAGACGUCGGACUAUAAGAAGAGGAUUCCUCCAGCUGCAGUUGGUGGUGCUGAUCGUCAUGGCUAUUACAUGAGGCAUGCUAGAAGAAUGAAUUCAUGUGAUGAAGACUAUGAAUAUGAAGAAGAGAUGAACAAACGUCGUGAAAGGAAGGUUAAAUCGGGUAUUUCCAGGAGCCGAGAAAACUUUGAAUUUGAUUCUCCUCAAUGGUAUCACACCGGACCUCAUCACACUUGGUCCCCACAAGAAGAAGAAGGCAGAGCACGUUCUUUUGAUCGAGGUUCAUACGAACGCACAACCUAUGGACCUCCGGUCUACGAUAAACGUGAACACAAGAUUCCUCCAUCACAUUUAACCUAUGAUCGUCGCGACUACAAAGGCUACGACAAGCGAAAGUACUAUCGGGAGUAUAUGCGUCCAAAUUACGACUUCGAACCGUAUGGUGAAUCCCCAGACACCAAAGAUCGAAAAAUGCCACUUUACUAUGGUGAUGGCAGCUUUGAGAAGAUAAAGCCAACCCGCAGAGAUUACGAGAAUAUUUACGAAGAGAACUUUGGAAGUGGCCCGAGGUCUUACAAAUCUCGUGAUUACAUCUACGAGCGGGACCGUAAGAGUUUCGAUCGUGACAGUGUAGAAUCGUACGAAAGUAGCAGCCGCAGGCGAAAGAGCUUUGGCAGUGGCGAUGUGUAUGGAAGUUUGGAGAGUCGCGAGGAGUUCCGUGAGCGCUAUAUGGGAGGUCCAGAAAAAACACGAUCCCUUCGGAAGGGAAUGAAGAUGCGUCUACCGGCUGGCAGUGGCAUUGUUCCAGGGGAUGAUUAUGACCAGGACUCCGAACCAGAGGUCCAAUCGCGAAGAGUCGGACAGAUAGAUUCGAGAAGUUUGCAGAGACCUACACAAGGUCCGCAACGUAUGAGGAAGAGUAGUGGAUCUAGUCCAUGGGAUGGAGAAGAACCUCCACCACCAGGUCACGCACAAAAGGGAUGGAAGCGUCCUUCCAGUGCAUCCGAAUCCGAACGAAGGCUUGCUGAAAGCAGAAGGGCAAUGGGAAAUACUCCAUCAGGAUCUGACGGUGAAAAAGACCGAAGGUUCCGUAAGAAACCAAGAUCGCGUACUGGUAAGGAACUCCCACCAUCGGAGACACGUCAAUGUCAACGCUAUGGCACAACACACCGAGACAACUACGACUACAUCAAUUACGACGACUACGAGCAUCCAGCAGAUGAGGAUAAGUUCGAGCGCUUGAAUCGGCGCCGUCAUGAAAUGCAUCAGCGUAUGAUGGAAAGCGAGAGGCGGCAAAAAUCUUCGACCAGCGACAAAUACGCUUACGACGACGAGGAUGAAACACCCCGUUAUAUGUCCAAAAAAGAGUCCAACUUCUACACGGAUAAGCCAGUGGUAGGUCUCCAGCACAAGAACGAAGUAUUUGAUGAACCUGUUCCCAUUCAGAAGCCCAUCAAACACCCUCGAGGUGCUGAUUUUGAUUUCAACGAUUUCGAAGACACGCCCCGUUCGAACACAAGCAGUAAAUUCAAUUUCGAGGAGCAUGGCUUUGAAAGUGACUUCAAUUCACCACCCCCAGCCAGUUGUAAUUCCGCCUCAACAACUACACCGGCCACAAAAUCUUCGUUUAGGUUCUCCAAUGAUUUUUCGGACAAAGAAAAGCAUAUAGCUGGUGGCGGUAGCUUACACUCGGUUGCUACAUUCGACAGUGAGUUUUCACCUGCUCCUGCACUAGCUCCUGCUAUAGCAUCGAACAAUGUUUCUAACAGCAAUCCUACAUCGACUUCAACAACAACACCAAUUCAAAAGCUUCGCUUCGAUGACCGUGUAACAAUUUCGAAAUUCGACAACGACCAGCCAAGCAUCGGGGGCAGCAGCAGCAUUGUUGGCUGCUGCGAUGAUGCCUUCGAAGAUGACUUCUCUAAGGCAGAAUUUGACUUCGAAAAGGAAGACCAAUGGAAUCCUGAACCACCAAAGAAAAAUAAUCUCCGUCUAAAUAGCAAAUUACAACAACGACAGGAGAUGAUCAAAAAAUCAGAGUCCAUUAAUAUUUUUGCCAAGAAGAACGAAGAUCCUUUCGAAGAUGAUGAGUUCUUCAAAUCUCCUCCUUCAUCGGCUGGCACAAAUGGCAACAACAUUAGCAGUGCUGGUGGCCAGAAUAAUAAAACAACAACAACGAAUGGAAAUGGCAACAAUGGUAGCGGAAAUGGAGGUGGUGGUGGAGGAGGAGGAAACGGCAAGGAUUCUAGUAACUUUCAAUGGGAAAGUAAUUUUGCAAAAUUCGAUGAAAAUAUGUGAUUUGAUGAGCUCUUUGCCAGGUGCCACCAAAUGGUGAGUGUUGAGACACAAAUCAAUCAACAUAAUCUCUCCACAACCAUGAUAACAACAAAAUCAGUUAAGGGAACUAUGGCAACAACAACAAAAACAUCAAAAACAACUACAACAACAGCAGCGGCAACAACACAAACAAUAGCAACUACAACAACAGCAAAAGCUAAACGCCGUUCGAAACUUAAAAAAAAAGGUAGGCAAUUGAUUUCGGUCAAUUUUUUCAUGCAAAAUAUCAUAACGUACCGUUUUAAUUAUGGAAUAUUGAAAGCUUAAUUGUUUUUGUUUUCAAUUUUUGUUUUAUAUUUUUGAAAUGGAUAUUGGCAAAUGGUUUUUACAGACAUUUUUUUUUAAUAAGUAACAAGUUAAGCUUGUGAAUUUUAGGUCGAACAUUUUUCCUAUGUAGUGUCAAUGGGUUGAUGACCUUUAUUUUAUAAAGUUUCGAAUUUUAUAUACGAUUGGUUAAAAAAACUCUUUAAGAUGUUUUAUAGCCACCUAUUAAUGAAGGUUUGCAGUUCGGUCAUUUUGUUCCCCAAUUCACAAUCCUCUCUCAGUAAAGUCCGAUAUCGUUAGUUGAGAAACUUUCUUUCGACAGAUUAAAAUCCGCAGUAUAAGGGGACCCAUUUCCCCAUUUUUAUAAAUGAUCUUCUUUCUUCAAAUUCUAGGCUUAGUAAGGUUAGGUUGAUGGGCUGAGGAUACAAGUUAUCGCCACAAUGAGAUCAAUAUACGAGGUUCAUUGUGAUACCCUUAAGUAUUGAACUUUGCUAAAAGAAAAGAAAUAAUUAAAACCUAUGAUUUUAAGGGAUUGACUUGUUCUAGCUUUUCAAAGGCUUUGUUUAAACCUAAUAGGCUGUUUCCUGAAAUGUCCCCGAGUUCUUCAAGGUAUUCAAAAAUGUAUUUCUAGUGUGAAAUAGUGCUGGGCACUAGACUCAAAUCCCUACUCUUUGAAUGUUGAACUGCAAAUAUUUAAAGCUCAUUAAAUUCCAACUAACACAGCAUUCCACAACCGUGUGGAAUUUAAAUCUUCGAAAACCCAACGAUGUCUUGUAUCAUUAAAACGAGAUAUAUCCCCCUUGCCACUAUCAAUGAACCAGAAAAUCUGGAUAUUUAGAUAUCUGUAUCAUCAACCACCUCUUGAGAAACGAUCACAUGUUUAGAUGCUAGGAUUUUCUGGAGACGAUAUGCAAGAAAUUUUGUUCUCCUUCUGAUCUGGUUACAAUUUAUAAAAUAUAUAAUUACUAAAGCCUCUUCGACAAUUUCCAAGAAGAAGAGUUUUUCCAAAGAUUGGCUACAUUGACAUCAUUAACUCAAUUAAGGCAUUCGAACAACGAGAGUUUCUUAGCUCAAUCUUUUUCCUAUCUUCUUAACGGACUAUGCGGUAUACAAAAAAGCAAUACAUAUUUGCGGUACAAAGUUCAAAAAGCAGUCCAAAUGGCACACGUAAAUCACUGCAUCCAAACUCGCAUAUAAGGGUGUUCAGACUAUGUACGGAAUCUUUUCUAAAAGCCGCAUAUUUGGUUGCUUUACUUUAUUCGCACAUUAAGUGUCAAUGCGUACACACGAGUUUCGAAAAAUGCGCACAUUACCCAUUUGCAAUCAUAUGCAAGUUUGCGAUGAUAAAAUAGAUUGUUUAUCCUUAUGUUUUGCUCAAGGCUUGUGAUUGUUGACGAAGCUUAAAACGUACAUACUUUUAAUUAAUAAAGUGCUGACACUAAUUAAAAAUGUCGAAAUGAAAGUACUGCUAUUACUGUUUUAGCAUUGGAUUUGAUUGAAGAAGAUGAAAAACAUUGAAGUCGCUAGGAAUCUGGUGUGGAGCAAUUACGAGUGCGCAGUGUGUGGACAAAGGACUGGGGUCCUACUAUGUAACUCGAUUCUACAUGGAAAUCGCUUUGACUACUUUCAAACCAACGAGAAUCGAAUAGUUCUAGUAGUGCCAACUAUAUUCUUAUGAACUUUUGAAUAAACGAGGAACUACCUAACUCGAAAGUAGAAUUCAAAACAAGGCCAAAUCGAAAAUAAUCACUCUACAUCAAAUGUGUUUGCGAGUGAACACCCAAUUACAAAGGGAAUUCGUAAUUUUUGUCAAAAAGAAUGUUUUUUUCUUCCUCAUUCAUUUCAACACUCAUCAUCAGCAGGCACAUGUUUCUUUCGAUAGAAGUCAAAACUUCGGCAAGUAUUUUUGACAUGGUUUCCUGUGCAAUUCCAGCGUUCUUGUCACCACCGAUUUGGUUUGUGUAACAUCCUGUUGCCAAAAACUUCAAUGUUACUGAUAACUUAAUGAUAAUUGGAACAGCAUUUUGUCUUCUGCGAGUAGUCAUGUCGGAUGAUAUGGUGUUAAGUAAGAACAUAAUCCGUCUUUAGAAAGACGAUAGCUCUUAACAAAACUAAAACAAAAGUAUAUAUUUUUCAUUAAGAAUGCGUUUAAAUAAUUUACCGGGUAAUUUAAAAAAAAAAAAAAACAUACAAUUCAUAGUACGGUUUAUAUAAUUUAAUGUUUGAAGAUUAUUUUAUGCAAAUGUUCACCUUGAAUGCGCCUCAAAUGGUCCAUCCGCUUUGUACAAUUUUGGCAUAAUUUUACCAACAUAUCGGCCGGUUUCUCAAGAAUAAAUGCUUCAAUGGUGUCUUCUUAUGCGUCAAUUUAAGCGGACUUGUCUGUAUAGACAUGAGCUUUCAUAUAGCCCAACAAAAAAUAGUCUACAAUCGCACGAUCUAGGUGGCCAAUUGUCCGGUCCCAAACGUGAAAUAAAAUGUUCACCGAACUCGCUUCUCAAUAAGUCCAUUGAUGCGCAUUGCUGUGUGGCAUGUGGCACCAUCUUGUUAAAACCACAUAUCAUGCAAGUCAAGCUCUUGCAUUUUUGCAAAAAAAAAGUUGGAUAACAUCUCACGGCACCGCUCACCAUUCACAGUUACGUUACGAUUAGCAUCAUCUUUGAAGAAGUACCGUCCAAUAAUGCCACUAGCCCAUAAACCGCACCAAACUGUGACUUUUUCUGGAUGCAUUGAUAGCUCUUGCUAUGCUUCUGGCUGAAAUUCACUUCAAAAUCGACAAUUCUGCUUAUUUACGUACUUAUUGAGCCAAAAAUGAGCUUCGUCGUUGAACAAAUUUUGAUCGGUAAAAAAGUGGAUCUUCGGUCAACUUUAAAGAAGCCCAUGCACCAAAAGUUUUACGUUGCAGUAGGUUAUUCGGCUUCAAUUCUUGCAUCAGCUGUAUUUUGAAAGGCAUCACACCUAAAUCCUUCCGCAAAAUUUUCCAAAUUGUUGAGUAACAAAGACCUAAUAGCUGCGAACAACGAAUGGAUAAUUGAUGGUCAUCAUUAACACUGGCCGAUAUAGCUGCGAUAUUUUCUUCAGUUCGCACCCUACGUAAGCAUGUUGGUGUCAAACAAUGUAAAUUUGGUGCGAAAUUUAGUCACAAUAGCCGUUUCAGUGGGUCGAUUAAACUCGUACCGUUCUUCAUUUCCUUGCAAAUUAAACCAAAUUCCAAGGUUGUACAUUUUUGUAAUAAUAAUUUUUGUGCAAAAAUUUGAUGUUUUAUUUUUGUUUUGUAUUUUUUUAUUUUAUUUUAACUAUCAAACAACUCGAUACUCGUUUGAAAGAACAAAUUUUUUUCAAAACAUGUUGGUAUAACCCGCAUCCGAUUCUUCUUACGUAGUACGGUUUGAAAGUAGAAUCAGAAAUGAGUUUCGAAUAGAAUCAAAAGUAGAAUCGAGUUACAUAGUAGGACCCCUGGCUUCUGCAUCGCCGGAAAGAAACUCCAAUAUGCGAUUGAGCAUUCUAGCUUCGGACCGACCUCGUUUUUAGACUAAGGGCGACAAUUUUAGGUCCAUGCAAUGUCUGUUCCGCAUUCCAGUUAACACAACUCCUAUUAAAAAUCACGCUUCUAGAAUUGUUCAUCAGCUUACCUUUGAGUCCAGUUUCAGUAGUACAACGAAAUAAAGAGUUAGUUCUUUAGCCAUACUACGCGAAUUUAAGUUCUAUCUAUCUCGGUUAUUGCAAUGCUCAAGAAUUCAAAACCAAUGCCCACCGAUACUUCCUUUCUAACCCUCCCUUUUUUCCUAACGCUCACAAUGUUUCUCUGGAACAUUUAAGGUAUGUAUGAAAAAAUGGACAUCAUAACAUUACAUUACAUACCACUCAGCAUAUAAAUGUACAAUUAAGAUACAAUGCACCUUGCGCGACUAAGACUAUUACCCCUAUUACCAUUGGCGAGUCGAAUGAAUAAACGUGUGAGUGUGAGAAAUUUUUAUUACCGUUGGCGAAUUGAUAACCGUUGAUUCGACUUAAAUGUCAUACAUUUUCGAAGAUUGUUCUUACUUUAUUUUCGCUAUCGAAUGUUCGUUGAUUUGAACGUCAUUCGUGUUAUUAUUUGUCGAACGUUCAUAUUGUGUGAGAAAAGGUCGAAGCUUAUGUUAAAGAAAUGUCGGAAAAUAAAACAAUGUAAGUUCAUAUGUAUAUUUCAUUUCUUUUAUAAAAUAACAUGAAUCAAUGCAUUUUUAUUCCGCUCCAAGAGAACUAAUAAAAAUCAGUAAAAGUUAGUCGAACUGAUGGAAUCGAACCAGAAUGUAGGAGGUGUUGGAGAAUUUGGUUCUUCAAAAAAAAAAGGAAUAUUGAGACCAAUUUGCUACAACCCUCAACUCACUUGGGCCAUCUUCUCGCGAUGGAAAAGAAAAAUUAUUGAACGACCAAAUAAAAAUAUAAAUACUUACUACCAAGGAACAUUGAACGUUCUUCUCUUUGGUACCACGUUUUAAGAACUGACUUUAAAUUACUGGAGUUCCAUACAAAGGAAUCAUUGGUUAAUCCGGGGUGGAAUCAUGUAAUUGGAUUUAUGAUAGUUGACAGUCAAAAUCAACAAAUUCGGUCUGUGUAAGGUGAUAGUCAUCUGUGACAAUCACAAUUUCGUGAUAAUUUCCCGUGACAGCUAUUUAGGUGUCACUUUCAUUUUUUUGUAUUGUAUGUUGUUGUAAUUUUUAAAAACUUUUGAUUAACCAAAGAACAUAUCCUAUAUUCCCAAAGAAAAUCAGCACAGAUUGUAAAUGUCUGUGCUGCUCUUCACAAUAUAUGCUGCGAGCAUACAGUUCCACUGCCAGAAGCAUUAUUGACAGCAUCACCAUCUGAAAAUUCAAAUAACCAGAAAGCUAAAAGUGCAAUGAAUGAUUUUGUAUUAAAAGAAUAUAAACAAAAUCAACAAAAGAAAACUUCAUUAAAACAAAAACAUCACAAAUUCACGACAUGGAUUUGAAUCUUAUAAUAAAUACAUAAUGUAUGUUUAUAUGAAAUAUAUAUUUAUCUAUUUUGAACACAUAGGUAAAUAAUUAUUAAAAUAAAAUUGUGCCGGCUCAUUUCUUGCUUAACUCAUGGACUCGGAUCUCAUUGACUGCUUUGGACAGGUCAAUCUCCAGUCUUUUUAGCUGGAGUUCUUCUUUUUUCAGUGCAUUUUUACACUCUCUUUCCUUUUGCUUUUCCUGGCAUAGCAACUUUACACAAUCUUUCAAUUCAAUUAUUGAAGUGUUGACUGUUUUGCAAAGUUUUAUCGAUGUCUUCCAGCUUUUUGAUUGGAUUAUUACCUCCUCGACACUGUCGAACGCCUUUUCUGUAAAAGGUCCUCCUCCCGUUUGUGCGAUUAAUUUUUUUUUUGCAAUUCAUUUUUUUGCGUUAUAUUUUCGAAUGGUCCAAACCUGUGCAAUAUAAACAAUGAGAGGACACCAAUCAAUUAAAUAUAAAUACCUAACCUUUUCCACUCUGCUGUUGAUUUUGUAGGAGGCACGUAAGAGUGAGCUUCACUGGAUUUUCUGUGAAUCUCUUGAAUUUCACGAAAAGGAUUUAACCAAAUCGGGAUAUUGUUCCAUAUAAUAGUAAGAAAUUGGAUUUAAGCUUUGUUGGGAAACCCGUUGAUGCAAAUUUUAUAUUUUUUAACAAUUACAGUCUAGUAAACAGUAAUACAACGCACAUAAAUGUUUACUUACAUUUUUGUUGAAAUUAAUUCCACACACAACGUCUACUAGACGAACAAAACUCAAACCAAUUUGCCGGCAAAUUAAAAAAAAUCAAAUUUCAAUGUUUUCCCCCUAAAGUGAUACCAAAUUUAAGAAAUAUUUUGAUGAUCACAUCACACAUCACAUUUGAUUGUCACAUAUGUAACAGUCACAAAUCACCUUACAUGAUUCCACCCCAGGAUAUCUUGAGUCAACAUAACGAAUACACAUUUUAUGGUCACACGCCUUAAAAACUUGCACUAUAAACCAAAAGCUACUCACGGGGAAAAAAACUUACUAUCAUUGCGUUUAAACUGUAAUAUCCUUUUCUGCUAAGAUACUGAUGACGCAACUUAAUCGGAGUAAAGAUUCCUAUAUAGGUUCCGUCAACACAUCCUAUUACUCCUGGUAAUCUGGCCGUUAAAAAAAAAGUAGUUUCGUGCGUUUAGCUUCUCAUCGGAUGACAUGUUGAGACUGAUCCAGGUUGGACAUAAUUUGUCUUCAAUUGCACCCACAACUUCUUUUAAUACUAAGGAAUCCGAGGAUUGUGAUAACUCUGAUAACUCCCACUAACAACAAAUCUAAGGGAAGAAGCUAAUUUUAGUAUAGCACAGAUUAAGGAGGUGCUUGCAUUUUUUAAUUGGCCUUCCAACUUGUUUAAUACAAAUACAAACGAUUCCUUUUUCAGUUCGAAAAUACGAUCUGAAACUUAAGGAAUUAUUUGAAAUAAUAAAGGAACUUCCAGUAGGUACAAAUAUUUGUUCUAAUAACAGAUGAUUAGGGAGUUCCAAAAAAUUAGAGUUGUCUCGAAUAUUCUUGCGCAGUCGAAGCAUUCUCAUUUUUGUCUGUAAUUUUCAUCUUCUCCAAAAAAACAGAUCUAUGUUGCUUAUCAUUUUGGUUUAUUUUGCAUUUUUAUUAAAUAUGAAAAUUAUCAAUUUAUUAACACAACAGUUUUUUUUUAAAUGUCAUGAGUUGACAUUUAUUUAUGCCUGUAAUUUUUUUUUGUAUGGUAGCACUGAAUUUCGAACUCGAAUUGUAAAGUUCACCAACCGUGGUAUGUCGAAUGUGUCAGUUCGCUAAUGAAAAUAUCUCACUUCGAAAGUUCGAUUGGCCAACCAUAAUAUGAGUUUAUAUAAGGUGGUAACACACUAAUACAAGACAGAAGGACAGAGAAGAAAGAACAACACCAGGCGGUAGGCUUGAUUUCAUAGGUCGAUAGAAACCGAUGGUAGGCCGUUGCUCUCUGAAUUUAAUUCAUUUCCAAUUAUUCUGGUUGAAUGUAUGCAUAUUCAAUGUCCUGAUAUAUACAUGCAGGGAUGCCCUUACGGAUAUAGAUUUGAAUCAAUUAAAAUGCAUUGCAAAACGAUUAAGUUGUGCUGAAAAGUCAACUCGUGUCGUCUUCGGAUAUUUUGGAUUCUCAAUUGAUCAUAUGACACCAGAACACAAAGCUAGUGGCUACAUAGUCAAGGGAUUCUGAUUGGCUAAAUCUAACUACAAAAGUAGUUGAAAUUUCCCCUCCGACGUAGUGUAAAAAAUUCGGCUACAAAGUUAGUGGAGAUGAGAUGAUUUUGACGUUUUGACAAUCAGCUGCUCGGUAAAAACACACGAAUUUAAAAUAAAAUAAAAUAAAUCGUUUAGUAUUUAAAUACAAAUAUAAAUCAUUCAAAUUGUAUCUUAAAUUUGAUUUUAUUGACUUUAAAAUCACUAAAGAUAAGUUAAAGUUAUCAAAUCCAAAAUGUUUCUUAUUUUAUAUAUUUGCAUUUGUCAACAAUAUGACAGUUCCAGAUUGACUAGCUUUGUAGUGUAGUUUUGCAUUCACAAAGCUAGUUGAAUUUUGACUAGGUAGCCGCUAGCUUUGUGAAUGCGCCCACUGAUAGAAAGCAGCCUUGUCAAUAUUUUAACAGUUUAAUAUAAACCAUUUGCCGAACCAUUUUUAAUGCUUAACCAUGAUUAAAAACGACACUAUACAUCUUCAUCCAGCCAAAUGAACAAAACAUAUAUUCCUCUAAGAUAAAGCUUAAAUUAUUAAAUAAGCCCUACAAAUACCACAUCUUUUCGGGCUUAAAUUUAAAAAAAAAACGUAUGUAAUACAAAAAUCUAUUUACAUUAUUCUUUCAUACCCAAAUAACUCAUAAAAUUAAUUAUUUAUAUUACUCAUUCUCAAAAUACUUCUCCAAAUUUAACAAAAAAAAAAUAUAAUAAUAAAAAUGGGCUUAAUAAACAAAUAACAAAAUAUACAAACAAAAAUUAAAAAAAUUAGCAUUAUAUAAAUAAAUAUAAACAUAGAAUUUAAUCAAAAAGAAAAAGAAAUAGAAAAACAAAACAACAACAAUUUAAUGAAUAAAUUUUAAACUAUGUAUGUAUGUAUGUGAUUAUAUCUAACAAAAGUUUUCACGUUAAAUGUUUUCAUAUAAAAAUUAAACAAACAAACAAAAAAAAUAUAAUAAAUUAAAGACAGAAAAACAAAAACAAAAAUAAACAAUACCUACAUAAGUUUUCAUAACUGAAGUACAUUAAUAUCCUAACAUAAUAUAAUUAAUUCUAUCCAAAACAAAAAAAAAAGAAAUACUCACGGUUCCAGAAGAACAAAAACUCAUAACCAACGUGAAACUUGUCUUCUUCUAUUUUAUUUAAACUUUUUUAUUUUUGUUUUUCCUUUUAACAAAUUUGUUCGUUAUAGUAUUGUAUGUGCGUGUACUAUUUUUGUAAAUAAAAUCAAUAAACAUAAAAACUUAUAGCAAUUUAAUUAUGAUUAGUUUAAAAAAAUAAAUUAGAUAAUAGAAUUUUUGAAAAUUUAAAUUAUUUAAAGCAACAAAUUAAGUAAAACAAAACAAGAAUAUUAUAAAAUGCAUAAGUUUAACAAAAUAUAACUAUUCAUAAAUAAAGUAUUAAGGAAAAGAGAUGAAGAAAAAACAAAAACAGAACGAGAGAUUUGAAACGAACAAAACGAGAAGUCGAAAAACUAUAUUAUAAUUAUUAUUAUUAUUAUUAUUGACACUGUAAUAACUUGAUUAAUGCUCGUUUUUGUUUUCUUCUUUUUGUUUGUCUUUUUUUUAUGUUUUUGAUUAAAGUUUUAUUAAAAAUAGAAAUAAACAAGAAAAAUAAAUAUAUACAAAAAAUUUAAAAUAUUAACUUUA